UUCAACACGACGAUCCACGUUUUAUGUCCUUGCUCACGGGACCGAUGGGAGACGGGGGACUACCUCUUUGACCUUUGACUAGCUACAAAUCAUAAGAUCACCGUUCCAGAAAUCAGUAGGACUCCCUGCUGUCACGCAACUGAAGACCUCGAGCCAAAGGAUAAUGAAAGAAAGCGUCCGAAAAGCUGGUCGACAGUAGCCGUGACUUCAAUAACGGGGGGAGAGGCGGCAGCACGCACGGAGCCAGCGGAACAGCGGCAGACCUAGCAGCGGAGGCAGGCCCGGGAAGACCGGAGGACUACAGAACCAUGGACAGCUCAGAUAUGGACGCCAACUAUGGCGGGGGUCUCCUGGACAUGGUAAAGGGUGGAGCUGGGAAGCUGUUCACCAGCUUCAAAGACAACCUCAAAGACACCCUGAAGGACACCUCCACUAAAGUCAUGAACCAAGUCGCAACUUACACAAAAGGAGAGCUGGACAUUUCCUACAUCACCUCACGAAUUAUAGUGAUGUCGUACCCUGCCGAGGCCAUCGAACUGGGCUACAGGAACCACGUGGAGGAUGUGCGCUCCUUUCUGGACUCCCGCCACUUGGACCACUACACCGUCUUCAAUCUGUCCCAGAGGAACUAUCGUGGAGCCAAAUUCUCCAACAGGGUGUCAGAGUGCAACUGGCCAGCCCGACAAGCCCCCAGUCUCCACAACCUGUUUGCUGUCUGCAAGAACAUGCAUAACUGGCUCCAACAGAACCCCAAGAAUGUCUGUGUGAUUACUUGCAUGCAGGAUGGCAGAGCCCCUGCAGGUGUCCUGGUUUGUGCCAUGUUCUGCUUCUCUCACCUGUUCUGUAACCCGGUCCCUGCCAUCCAGCUACUCAGCGCCAAGAGGCCCGGGUCAGGCUUGUGGCCCUCACACAGAAGGUACGUUGGCUACAUGUGCAGCAUGGUGUCGGAGAAGCCCACCCUGCCCCACUCCAAGCCCCUGGUCAUCAAGGCAGUCACCAUGAGCCCUGUGCCCAUCUUCAACAAGCAACGCACUGGCUGCCGACCCUUCUGCGACAUCCUCAUCGGAGAGACCAAGAUCUUCUCUACAGCGCAGGAGUACGAGAGGAUGAGGGAGCAUCGGGUCCAGGAGGGGAAGGUGGUGUUCCCUCUGGGUGUGAGCGCUCACGGGGAUGUGGUGGUCUCUGUCUACCAUAUGAGGUCAACCAUCGGAGGGCGACUGCAGGCCAAGACGUCCAACAUGCAAAUAUUCCAGAUUCAGUUUCACACUGGUUUCAUUUCUCCUGGGACCACGGUCUUAAAGUUCACGAAGCCGGAGUUGGAUGCGUGUGACUCCCCAGAGAAGUAUCCUCAGCUCUUUCACGUGCAGCUGGACAUCGAGGUGGAGACAGCAGACAGGCAGAAGGACCUGACCCCACCCUGGGAGCAGUUCCCCAGCAAGGACAUCAACCCCACCAUCCUCUUUUCCUGCCACGAGGAACACCAGGGUGCACUUGCCAUUGCUGAUGCUGGCAAGGCCCCUGGGGGGCCUGAACAACGGCCGGCCCUGGGCCCCCAGGAAGGCGAGUCUUUGGGUGAUGGCCAGCGGAGUGGCAGCAGCGGUGAGAAGCCUGGUGGGCCCCAGGCCAUGCCCGCUGAUGACAAGAAGCCUGAGGCCCCACCCACUGCGGCACCUCCCCCCGCUGAGGAAGUGGACCUGCUGGGUUUGGAUGGAGACGCUGGUGGCCAGGCCUCCUCCAUGCCCCAGGCUCCCCCCACCAACACAGACCUGCUGGGAGACCUGUUUGGCUCCACGCCCCACCCUGGCAGCAGCCCUGCUUCUGCACAGUCUACCCCCCAGAAAUUUGCCCCACCCCACUCUCCUUGUAUCUCCACUCUCCCUGCGGACGAUUUCGAUCCCUUCGGCUCCGGUCCAACACUGCAGGAGCCAGGAGGCUCGUUCUUGGGGCCAGGCCCGACCUCUCCAGUGCCCCCCGCCGCCCCCACUGUCAACAUUCAGCAGCAGAACCUGAUGGGAGGGUGGGAUUCCAACAAUCCAGCGGCUACAGGUGGAUGGGGAGGGAGCAGGUCAGCGGCCACCAGCCCCACGGGAUCCUCCCACAACACACCCACACACCAGCCCAAACCAAACACUCUCGACCCCUUUGCCGACCUCGGGAAUCUGGGAGGAGGCUCUGGGUUCUCCAGCAAGCCGACCACCCCCACAGGGUCUGGGGGUGCCUUCCCUCCCUCUCCACAGAGGUCCCCCCAGCACAUGGGUGGAGGGGCAUGGCAGACAGGCGGGGGCUUCCCCUCCUGGCAGCAGGGUGGAGGGGCGCAGUGGCAAUCCCAGCAGCAGCAGGCUAAAGGGGUGCCCCCGCCCCAGGCCUCCCCACAGCAUCGCCCCAACUACAACAUCGGCUUCUCCAGCAUGGGCGGGGCCCCCAACGCCAGCACGAAACCUGGGACCAAACCCAAAAUGACGGAGGCCAACUUUGACGACCUGCUCUCCGGCCAAGGCUUCGCUGGCAGCAAAGACAAGAAGGGGCCGCGGACGAUAGCAGAGAUGAGGAAGGAGGAGAUGGCAAAGGAGAUGGACCCUGAGAAGCUAAAAAUCCUGGACUGGAUCGAAGGGAAGGAGAGGAAUAUCCGAGCCCUGCUGUCCACCAUGCACACGGUGCUUUGGGAGGGGGAGACCAGGUGGAAGUCUGUGGGAAUGGCUGACCUGGUCACUCCGGAGCAGGUCAAGAAGGUCUAUCGCAAGGCUGUGCUGGUGGUCCACCCUGACAAGGCCACAGGACAACCCUAUGAACAGUAUGCCAAGAUGAUUUUCAUGGAACUAAAUGACGCCUGGUCAGAGUUUGAAAGUCAAGGACAAAAGCCAUUGUACUGAAAUUCGGAGAAGUUCCUACCAACAGGGGGGUCUCUCUCCGUAACCUGCAGCCCCUCCAUCCCUCUCCCUGUGUGUAAAAACCUCCCAUGUCUGUGCUGUGACUCCCCCUCCUUACAAAAAAAACCUACUGCUGUGAAAAGCAUUUUCCCUUUCCAUAGUUCCCAUAGAAAUUCCGAUGUGCUGAUUUAACUGCGUCGAUGUGUCACCUGCUGAACUGAGGCUCGUGGCCUGACUUGGAGUGUCUCGGUGUUGAAUGUUCUCCUGGGAUCUGAAGCCUGAAUAGAGAGUGAAUCAGACGCUGGUCUUAUGGAAAACAUUCCUAUGGUGUUAAUUGAAUUGACCCAGUGGUUUAUAUUUGUACAAAAUAGCAGUGCUUCCAGGCAAACAUGUUGACAUUUCUUGCCUUUGAUGUGGGUUGGGAAGGAGUAUCAUGGGAUAUAACAGAUAUUGUAAAGUUUUGGCAGUAAGUCAAAGUAUCAUCCAAAUAAUGCAGCUCCCUAUGGUGUACUGUACAGUGAUCUGGUGAUCAUGUGAUGGCAUGACCCUCCCAUAUCAGGCGAUGAAGCUCAGAUGCUUUUCUUUUAUUCUUUUAAAAGACACUUUUCUCUCUCCCUGAUAGUAUUAUCAUUUCUUUUUAGUGCAGCUUUUUCUCAUCUGCUUGCUGAAGAAGCACAAGUGACAGCCUUUCGAGAGCACAGUAGGCAGGAGCUUGACUGCAAGUUUACAGUAUAUGGUCCCUACAAUAGUACUCAGCUAUUCCAUUGUAGACAUAUUGAUUAUGCACUGUAGUAUGAAUGAAACUGUUUACACAAGUGGCAAAAAAGUCAUAUCUUAUCAAUCCUGACAGAAACUGAUUUAAAAAAAUAAGGACAGAAGUUAAGUCCACCAUUGCUUUUAUUACAUGAUACGUUCUAUAUCAGGCCAAUGGAAGUACAUAUUUCACAUAUUAUCUCCUUGAGAAAUGCUGACUGAACAGUUACAUCUGAAAUGUCUUAAAGUUUUCAGUUGUAUGGUCCACAUGUCUCCUCUGAUAUCAUUAUUAAUUUCUGGUCAGAAUGAGAGAAACAAGUGAGGAGGAAGCUGUUUUUGGCCCGUUGCCAUUGAGGAGAGAACCACGUCAGUUGAUAGUUGUCAGCUGAGAUGUUUUUUAAAAAUGAUUAGGUCAAUGCGUCAAUGAUGGCAGAAGUGCAAUCAUCAUUUACUUAUUUAAUGAUUGAAAAUCCUAAACCGAAAAGCUGUCAGAACAGAUAUCUUUGAAUGGUGAUGUACCUGUUAAUUCAUAUCCUUGGAUUGGAUCAGAACCAUGAAAAUGUUUUGGGGAUAAUGGUUGGGUGCUUCUAUUUGUUGUCGCGACAAGUAAUUUUGGGGGUUUUUAUUUUGUCAUUUGUGAUAUACAGGCAUGUAUUGAUUAGAACAAAUAACACAGUCCACUAUCACAUUGAGAACUGUUUUUAGGUGAAUUCAGACUUGAUACUUACCAGCUAACCUGAACAAGUACAUUACUGCUGCUAUCUACAGUAACACUUGGGAGGGAUCUUAUGUGAUGCAAUUACAAUGCUAAGAUUGAAUUGGCUAUUGUCACCAACCAUAUUGAGAGUGUUUGGGCAAUGCAUCAGUCACAAUGCAAGAAUUGUGACUACAAUGGAGUCUCAGAGGGUUUCCCAUGUCAGAAGUGUUUUUUGUUUUUUUUACAUAACAUGUAAAUGCACAAGUACCAUUCUGUACCGUACUGUGCAACAUUCUAGGGCUGAAUAGAUGUUGCUUAAUGAGAAAUAUUGAUAUGUGUGUUUUGUACCUAUAAGAAGUCAUAAAUAACAGUGUCUGUUCAAUCCAUGUUCAGUUGAAUUGGCUAAUUGCAAAUUAACACUUUCAUUUCAUAUUAAAAGUAAAAGUAUUCGACAUGUUCAGCUCUUGGACACACCACAAAAUCAGGAUGAGUAUGUUGGGUAGUCACUCAGUAUUUAUGGUUUGUAAUAUAAGAACCCCCUGAUAAUGCUGUGUUGGUAUUCUGGAUUUCAGUACUGACUUAACAUUUUAACUGACACAGUUCAGUAUUGUGAUGCAUCAGUAAUCCUAUCCUGCAUUGCAUACAGUGUACGAUACAGUGUACAGUGUGCUUUUACAUUACACACAUUAGGCUACUCUGACAAGUAUUUCUCAUCUCAAGAGUAGAGUAGAUUAUUUAAUUUUCUAUGUUUUUUUUUUUCUCAAAAAGAAAAUGUGUCUUGUAUGGGUGUUUUUCUUACAUAGUGUGCCUUUUUCUUUAUUUAAAGACAUUUCUUCUUAUCUGGUGUGAGCAGAAUAAAGGAAGGCACUUAAGAAUGUUUUCCUUAAAAUAAAAUAAAAAUCAAGUAAUCUGAUGCAUAUUUAUGUGAUUGAAAAUGUCCUUUUCAAGAGAAACUAUUUACACAAUAGUUUCUCCAGUGAACAAUACACUUGCAGCAAUGAAGAAUACCCCCCCCACCCCCCCAAAUAUUAUAUUUUGAAUCAUGAAUAGUAAAGCAAUGUUCACAUUAACCUUAACAUACACUCUCAGACAAAAAGGGUUCUAAAGCUUGUCUCCAUAGGAGAACCCUUCUUAAUUAUUUAUGGAACCCUGUAUGGUAGGUGUGAAUAUUGUGAAAUUUCCCAUAUUGAACAAUUUUGCCUGACAUAGAACCCUUGAACUAGAGUUCCUCUAUGCGGAGCCUUAUGGACCCUUUCUUCUGAGAGUGUUGUGAUGUGCGGCAUUGAAAUGUUUGACCCACUUGCUGUAUGUAACUUGCUUGUCUGCUGUAUUACUGAAAUGUAAAUUAUGUUUGCGUGUGGCUUGUUGACUCCAGUCUGGUGUGUACAGUGCAUAUGAUGUGUGACACUCUAAGGUGUGGAAAAGAGACACAAAGCGAGGAACACAGUAAACAUCCAUGACCCACA